AUGAAGUUGUCUGGCCCCACAUUCGACGCCCUUUUUACGGAAGAAUUGAAGCUUUUGUAUGCUCUUUUUGGGAAAAAUCAGUACGAGCUCCGGUAAGUAUUAAAAGUGAGCUUUUUUGAUUUUUUAGGAUAGCUGGGGGUCCUGUUCGUGAUCUUCUGAUGGGGAUUAAGCCAGAAGACAUUGAUCUUGCUACGACUGCUACACCAACUCAGAUGAAAGAACUGUUCGAAAAGGAGAAUAUAAGGAUGCUGCAUAAGAAAGGAGAGGAACAUGGGACGAUUACUUGUCGACUGAAUGAUAAAGAGAAUUAUGAGAUAACAACACUUCGGAUUGAUGUUGUUUGUGAUGGACGACGAGCUGAAGUCGAAUAUACAACGGAUUGGAAACUGGAUGCCUUCAGAAGAGAUCUGACUAUAAAUUCGUUGUUCCUUGGUCUGGAUGGAACUGUGUAUGAUUAUACUGGAGGAACAGAAGAUAUAAAGGCACGUAGAGUCAGAUUUGUUGGAGACGCUGAGCAGAGAAUACAAGAAGAUUAUCUAAGGAUAUUCCGAUACUUCAGAUUUUUCGGAAGAAUCGCUGAUCGCCCUGAUAGUCAUUGCAAAGCGACUUUGGAAACUAUAAAAAAUAACAGGGAGGGGAUAAAGGUAACAUCUUGUUAUGAUUAAUUAAAUUCUUUAGAGUUUGAGCGGGGAAAGGAUAUGGACUGAAUUCAAGAAGAUCCUUGUGGGAAGAUUUGCAUCAGAAUUGAUUAGAGUUAUGGUGAAAGAUUGCGACUUGGCAGAAUAUUUGGCCCUUCCAUCUCAGUAUGCUCGUGAGAAGUUGGAUAUAUUCAAGAGCAUAUCCAUGAACAUUAAGGUUCUCUCCUCCGAAUCCGAGCAACCCCUGCCGAGUACUGUAUUAGCAGUUUUAUUGGAGAACAUGGAGGAUGUAAACAAAUUAAAUUCCCGUCUUAAGUUGUCUACAGUUGAGAAAUCGUUGUGUGAAUUUAUUGUAGAAUAUCGAGAUGAGGCCAAACAAAGGAAGGAUGACCUCGCUUUCUUCCGGGAUCUCGUUCUCGACAAUUCUUUCUUAUAUGGAGGUAGGUGACUUCUUUGUAACACCUGUUGACAUACUAAUUUUCCUGAAAAUGGUUUUGAUAUGCUUGCGCCUUUCCGUUAUUAAUAGAAUUCGGAAUGUUUAAUAUGAAUAUUAACCCUUCCCAAUUUCAGUGCAAGCUCGUGAUCCCUCCCUUCGAUUUACCAUCGAAUUACUCAAAUACAUAGGGGCCAAAGACACUCUUCAAAGGCUCAGAGAAUGGUCUGAAGAGGAGGUAAUGUUCCCCGUAAAUGGCCUCUCUUUGAUGACGAACGGAGUGCCUAAGGGCCCCAAAGUUAAGGCCAUCUUAAAUUAUUUACACGACCUUUGGAAAGCGGUAGGUUGAAUUUUAUUAUUUAUGAUUUCUUGAUGUUUCCAGAGUGAUUGUAAAUUAACCGAAGACCAGUUAAUCCACCACGCCCUGAACGACAAGAUCCCCAGCACUCCGCCAAGACAAUUCCGGAAGAGACGCUGGGUUCAGAUAUCGUGAGGGAAUACAUUAUGUUGUUGUUUAUGAAUUCCUGGUAAAGAGGUUGUUAUUACUAUUACUAUCGAAAUGCGUUUGCUGUCUAGUCUAUUUAUACUAUUUUCAAUAUUCCAAUUGCCUCAGGUUUGUUAAUAUUAAACUUUGAAUAUGACAUUGGAAGUAUCAUGUCAUUUAUAAGUUUCAGGGGUCUCUACACCCCCGAUAUCCCUUCAGAUCCUUUGAAAACAAGGAUCCCGAGGCGAAGAGGGUAAACGUGAUCCCCCAGAAGUACCGGAGCUUCUUCGGUGUGAACGUAGUAAGUGUAGAUGUAGUUUAUUUACAGUUCUCUAGCAAUUAAAUGGUGACUUCUGGCCCCGAAAAAUGACGAUCUCCGCACCUCGAAUGCCUCAGGGCAGACAGCCUUUGUUCCGCUGGAGUCCUCAACAGGAUCUUCUUCAUUUCCUUUUAUAG